AUGGGCGCCGACAAGGAUGAAAAGCGCAUCAAGAAGUUGCGCGAUCGCGCCGAGCAACUCGAGUCGCAAGCUCGUGAAUUGAUGAAGGAAGCCGAGCUGGCCAGAACCCAACUGGCAGCUCUAGAAGCAGCAAAAGACAAGGCUGUUGCCGAGACCACGGCCGAUGAGGACAGUGACGCCGAGGACGACAAAAAGGCAAGCAGCAAAAAGGACAAGAAGUCAAAAAAGGAAAAGAAAGAAAAGAAAAAGAGCAAAAAGUCCAAGUCUGAGGGUGUCAGUGACGACAAGGACGCCGAAGAAGAGUCGGCUGCUGUUUUGGAUAAAAAGGCCGAAAAGAAGCGCAAGCGAGACCGCAAAGCCGAAGCUGACGAGGAGGACAAGGAUGGUUUCAACGACAAGUCUGUAGAGAAGAAGUCCAAGAAGAGCAAAAAGUCGAAAAAGUCCGACGACGUUGCCGUCGAGCCCGAAUCCGAAACCCCCAAGAAGAAGAAGACCAAGGCAUCCCCCGAAGACGCACCAGCAACGAGCACAAAGCAGCCGUCGUCUGAAGACGCGGGAACUUGGAACGUACAGGCCCUGGGCGGCGGCAGCGCACGCCAGGACAAGUUCAUGAGACUGUUGGGCGGUAAAAAGGCCGGCAACGCCGCUACCGGCUCCAAUGUCUACGGCUCCUCGAGACAGGACAUCAACCACAUGCAAGACGCACUUGAGCGACAAUACGAGGCGGGUAUGAACCGCAAGGAUAUUGGUGGCAAGAGAGGUCUCGGUGCUUGA